GGGAAGGGACCUGGAAUUCUUUGCAUCAGCUUAAGAAGGUCUAACAGCUUUGCGUUCUUUCCAGAGGAUAAAGGUUUGAACGUCAAAUCAGUAGAUGUCCUUUUCGCAGACAGAUUCUCAGGUUUGCCUGUAAAGAAGGCCCAGACACAGAAGUGCAAAUAUCUUCAGAGCUAUCCUGGCCUCUCAAUGAAUCUGCUGUGAUUGUAAUUGUGGGAUCAGAUAACCACAGAAAUUUAUAUCCAGUGAGAAACUGGCUCAAAGAUACAGGGUACUUCAAGAUCCAGUGCUAUUCAUGCUUAUUGAUCUCUUCUGGGUCUCUCCGCCGGGCAGUUACAAAAGCAGAGGAACAAUGCUAGCUUUGAAAGAAUGAAGAUUUUGAUAGUGAUUGAUUUUCUCCUUGCAGCUAGCCUGACAUCUGCCACUAGGAGCUCUGAUCUACAGAACUGUUUUCAAGAGCAGAUACAACUUCAGGCCCAGGUGAGACUUCUGGAACAUCGUGUGAAACAGCAGCAGUUAAAAAUUAUACAGCUUUUAGAGAAGAAAGAGAUACAGUACAGAGACAGAGGAGAUGAAAACAGUGUCAUUGACUUGGGAGGAAAAAGACAGUAUUCAGACUGUGCAGAAAUCUACAAUGAUGGCCACAAGAAAAGUGGAUUUUAUAAGAUGAAACCUACCCAGAGUCCUAAUGAAUUCCUGGCCUUCUGUGACAUGUCUGAAGGGGGUGGUUGGACUGUUUUUCAGAGACGUUCUGAUGGCAGCCAGGAUUUCAAUAGAGACUGGACUGACUAUGAAGAAGGCUUUGGAAAUUUUGUUUUGACUAAUGGUGAAUAUUGGCUUGGAAAUAAGAACCUUCAUUACUUGACUAAUCAAGGAAACUAUACUUUAAGAAUUGAUCUAAGUGAUUUUGAAGGAGAACGGCGUUAUGCACAAUAUACAAGAUUUGGAGUUGCAGAUGAAGAGCACUCCUAUCAGAUGAGCUGUGGUGAAUACUCUGGUACAGCUGGUGAUUCCCUAACUGGGGGAUUUCAUCCUGAAGUAAAAUGGUGGGCUGAUCAUUGCGGAAUGAAAUUCAGUACUAGAGACAGGGACAAUGACAACUAUGAAGGCAACUGUGCUGAAGAGGAAAAGGCUGGCUGGUGGUUUAACAGGUGUCACUCAGCCAACUUGAAUGGUUUGUACUACAAAGGCCCUUAUACUGCAAAGACAGACAAUGGCGUAGUUUGGUAUACUUGGCAUGGGUGGUGGUAUUCUCUGAAAUCUGUUGUAAUGAAGGUCAGACCAGCACACUUCAAACCUAAUAUUGUUUGAAUAUUUUACUAAGGUUUAUCUUUUAGCAAAUCAAUCCAAAGUAAAACAGAUGGGCUAUUAUCUAUGUCUAUAUAAAUCUAGAGUAACUCCUCUAUAUUUAAUAGUUUUCUGAGCUGUAAAUGAGAAGAUAAUCUGGUUUAUGAAUCCAUAUGAACAAAUACUACUGCUAAUGUGUCUAGAGGAUUUUUUUUUUUAAGGCACAGUUUGCCUAGGAGAAAGGAUAUCUUUAUCAACAUGAAGAAUUUGUCUUGAAAGGUAACUAGAAAUCCUUUUACUUAAUAGUAAAAAAUGUAUUGUCACUUAUGUCUCAAGAAUUAAAAUGGAUUGUAUUGCACCCAAAAAGGCAAUUUAAAUAGAACAUUAGUUUGGUUUCCUUGUGGAAAUAGAUUCUUCAGAACUGUAGCAAUUGGACAGAUCAAUGCAAUGGGAAAGGCAUACAACAAAGGUGUGACGAUGGAAGGACUGGCAUGAUAGAAAGGUGCUAUAAAGGAAGGGAAGAAGAUUGCUCACCCAUAUCAGAAGAUUCUAGGUUCACAGGGCAAAGCUUCACAGAGAAGGGAUCUCCAGGAAGAGAUCCUUCCACAGUGGCAGUCAGCCCUUAGAUGAGGUCUAAGAGAGGUGCAGCCAGGCUCCACCCCUUCUGAUUGCACAGCAGAACUGCCUUCACCUGUGCUCUCAGGGCUGACCGGGUCCUUUCCCCAGGUGCUCAAUCAGUGGUUCAGGUGUGACUCAACAGUUCCCCAUACAAGAACAAAUCAAGGCUUUAGAAAUAAGUUGUAAGUUCCUCCAGUUCAUUUGUUGCAUGUGUUUUGUACAUAGCAUGCAUAAAAAGCAUAAAGAAUGAGGCAGGAAACUGGAGGAAAAGAUGGGAUGCCACCAGCCAAGAAUCAGUUGAUUUUCUAGAGAUGGUCACAUCACUUCAAUCUAACAUUUUUUGAUGGUUAGCAAUUCUGCCAUUCUUCUUUUGGUAACCAGAUAGAUAUUGUGGACAUUAACAUAUUAACACCUUUACCAAAAGGUUGCUACUAUUUUUAAUGUAAGCUAUGCUUUGAGUGUAGACCAUCAUAAUGCACGUCUAGAGGGAAUUGUGUUUCACAUGCAAUCUAAAAAUCUGGCAUUGAAAGGUUCUUAGUGCUUGACUCCAUAAAACCUUUCUUUCUUUACGUAUUUGUUAAUCUCCACAACUCACAGUUUGAAUGCUCUUUUCAGUCACUUCUAAGUUGUUUUUUUUUUUUUAAUGCUUACAAGCUUCUUUUUUCUCAGUUCUUCUCUUGGCAAUCUGGCCCUUUCCUGUUCUCAAGUUACAGAUCCAUGUUGCUUCAGCAUAAAUACCUCCUCCUUCUUCACUUAUGAGAAUGCUAAUGAUAUCCUUCAGCUAAGUGAAUACUUCUCUCACAUUCUGAUGUAAAAUUUUACUCCUUUUCUCUAUUGGAUAUCAUAAAACUAAAGAGGAACAGAUCUUUCUUUGCACAUUUUAAAAUGCAUUUGUGUGUUUAUUUGGACUGGAUACUCUUCAGGACAAGGACUUUGACAUCGCAGCUGUUUGAAAAGCACCUCGCAUACUGCUAGCAGCACACAAAUACAAUAUUUAAUUUCUACCAUCUCUCUGUGGCCUUUCCUCAUGCAGUGGAUCUUCUUGGCUAAAUGAAAGACGUGUAAGAUGUAACUCAAAAUGAUCAUAAUUAUUCUCAAAUAUACAAACUCUUUAUUUUCAAAGUUACUCAAGAAGAGAGUAUGGCUUAGAAGAGAAACCACAAGCAUUCUUUUAUCUGCCUGGCACGGGCUGUUGGUAAUUAUUUAUUUCCUUCACAGGUAUGAACUUGUUCUAGAGGAAUCAUUAUUCUUACACGAUAGUAGAAUAAAGGCCAGCUUUUUUUUUUUUUGAGGCAUUAGACAGAACAACAUAGUAACUCCCAAAUAGCUGAAAAUGAAUACAUACCACUUGAUAUAAGUCUUACACCCCUAAAGAAAAGGAAUAAGAAUGGAGGAUAUAACAAGUAAAAUAUUUUGCCAGUGAUGAUUUAAUAAUGAACAUAUACACAGCUACCUACAAUCUGAUCAGAAGUGCACCUUCUUGUGAUAUAUGUUCAAGAAAAACUCAGUUGUAUUUUCAACUGUCUUUGUUUCCUUCCAUUCACUAAACAUUUUGGAGAUAAAAACAACAAAAAUCUUAAUCUCAAGAGAAUUAAAUGAAUGGUUCAAGACCCUUUUAUUCUAUAAUGCUUGUUUCUGAACGUCCAGUGUGCACUAGCAAAGAGCUGAGACACUAAAAUCUGGCCUACUUAUUUCCAGUGGAAACUUCUCUUCAGCUAUACUGCCUGCAUUCCCAAAUCUGUUAUUCCCAACACCAAUUCUUGAACAUCAUUUUUAAGUAUAACGUUCUGUUCUGUCAAAGCUACUUUUCAUUGCUGUUAGAAAAAUGGUAUGCCCAGUGUACAAUCAACAAAUAUACAAUCAGCAAAGUGGUGCAAUUAGGCUGGUAUUUUACAGGUCAUGACUAGAAAGAUUAUCAUGGUGGAAAGGGAGAAUCAGAAAUAAAUGAAAAUGCUCACCUGUAUCAUACACGCACAGAAAAACUCCAAAGUGAGCAAUCUCCAGGAAGAGAUCCUUCCCUACUGGCAGUCACCCCUUAAAUGGGGUCUAGGAGAGGUGCAGCCAGGCUCCAUCCCUUCCGGUCACACAGCUGAAUUGCCUUCACCUGUUCUCUCACGGCUGACUCAGUGCUUGCCUCAGGUGAUCAAUCAGAGGUUCAAGCCGUGAUUCAACAGUUCCCACAAAGCCAGAAAGACAGAUCAAACUACUACUUGCUAGGUUUAUCGUGUUUCUUUAAUUUACUUCUCAUAAGAUCAGAAAGAAUGAAACUUAAAGUUUGAAUACUUUCUUUUUCUUUUUUUUAAGCUUCAGCAGUGGGUUCUCUUUCGCACUUGUGAAAGAAGUACUAAGAGCAAAGAAAGUAUCAAGGGAAGUAUUCCAUAUCUAGAUUUUCAAAAGUUUCCACUUGUUUCUGUCUUAUUUUCUUGUUGCUAUAACUGUAUAACUGCUUAGAAAGCAAAAAAAACCCCAGAGCUGUUCAAAACUAGGAUUUUCCUCAGAGUGUAUCUGAGAACAGGGAAACUAGCAGUGUUUUAAGCAUUUAGCCAAACUCCAUAUGCAAUAGAGAGAGAAUUUAAAUGUACAAAGAGAAACACUACAAUGUUUGUUCAUCUUCAUAAGUAGAGUAAAUAAAACUUGACAGUGAUGGUGGCUUGAAAACAUAGUAUUUCAUCCAAAAUCAUCCUUUCCAAGUCCCUGUGGCCCAUUUCAACCUUUGUUUAGUGCAGGAUGAAAGCCAGCUUGUCAUUGCUACGUGUUCAGUUAACUAAGGCAAUUCCUCUUAAUCCAACCCUAAUGCUAAACAGAUUGCAUCAGAAAUAUAAUAUUUAUCCAAAUAUUGAUUAAACAACCCUGGGGCCAAAUUCAUGCAUUUGGUUGCUUACAAAAGAACUGAUGCAUAGCCCUUGCAAAAAGAAAAACCCAACCCUGUAGCUUGCUCUUUUCUGCCCUUCUUCAGCAAUUCAUAGUAAUUGUCUGUUUAUUUUGCUUGCCUCCUGUUGAAUCUAAACUUCCUUUAUUUCUUCUUUUCUUAAUGAUAAUCAAAUAUUUAAUCUCACCCAUUAGUCGUAACUUGCAUACACAACUGGUGAAUACCUGGUCUCAAGGAACCUGGGUAACACUGAGGUUCUGCAGAAGCUGAGCAAAGGCUUUGAGGUGCUAAAUGGUGCACCUAAGGAACCAAAAAUGGCAAUUAGGUCUCUAAGACGUUGUGGGAAUCAAUGUCCAGUCUCAUUUAUAACUAGAUGGGACAGUAUUUAUUGUACUGAGAGUAUCCACCCAGCACCGUGGCCAUGAAGAUAAGCAGAUUCCUCUUAGAAGUAUGUUGUUCUCACAAAAGAUUACCUGAAUUUUAGUGCUUCUAAUUUUGUUGUCCUGAGCUGAAGGUCCCCAAGUAAAUAUAUUGCCAGAAGAGCUACAUGGCUGGCUAUUUCUUCAACAUAAUGGUCCAUAACAAAUCAGCUGAACGAAGACAAGUGACAGCAGAAAGACUUUUAUGUUAGUGAUAUCCUGCACUAGAUGGUGCUCUGUUCAUGUUGUAUUUUCUUAAGUAAUACUACGUUUGUAAACUAGUGCUAACACUUCUCCCCAUUAAGUUAUGUAAAUAAUUAAGUUACAGGAAAACAAAUCAAAGAUGUUUAAGUUUUAGUCUGUUAACUCACUUUUGAAAUCAUGUAUUAGUUCCCAAUGUUACGUAAAUACAAUAAAAAUACAGAAUCUAA